AUGGCGUCGAUCCGAGUCGUACCGGCUCGCGCAUCCGAGCCGUCUGCGCGAGUCGAGAGUUCUCAGCUGUCUCGUUCACCCUCGCCGCAGUCUUCUCCGCAGAGAGGUCGCUUGCCUCCUCUGGCGCCGAUCGACUCUGAGGACGCUCCGCCUGCUUCGCUGUCGUCCUCCUUCGAAGCCGACAACGCGCAGACGCCCCUGGCAGUCUCUUCUUCUCUCGCGUCUCUGCGCCGCCGCUCGCUGCUCUCGUCCUCCUCCGUCCCGUCACUCGCGCUCUUCUCUGCCUCCUUCGUCGCCCGGCACCCGCUCCGCUGUAUCUACAGCGAGCUUCACACGCUGCUGACUGUGAUCCGCGUCGCCGGCUCGGCGUCGAGUCUCUCUGCUUCGCUGCACUCCGCGUCGGCCAGCUGCUUCGGAGAUCCGCAGGCGUUGCCUCCGCCGCUCUCAGGCUUCGUCGAGUCCAUCGAGAGCCUUCUCGCUUCGCUGCACCGACAGAUUCACCGCGAGUCCGACCUCGAGGACUUCCGUUCGCUCUUCUCUGUGUGUGGGCGCGACUCGCGGCGCGAGAGCGCCUCGCGCGCGACGCCCCGGAGAGCCGCCGACGGCGCUCUAGACACCCGAAGCCGCGGUGGAGACUCGCGACAACCGUUUUGUGAGCCGCGCCGCGAGAUUGCUUCGAAUCGAGCCUCGAAAUCGAACGAGUGCGACCCUCUCCCCUCUCCUGUCGCCACCGCUCUGUCUCCUGUCUCGCCUUCCCCGUAUUUUCUUCGCUCCUCCGCUGUGACCUCUCGAGUGAACGGUGCUCACCUGGCUCCCUUCUUGUUCGUGGUGGCGGACCUCUGGCCGCUGGUCCACUCGUCGGCGACGCAGAGUUCGCGGUCGCCGUCGCUCGCGCAGCUCUUCAGUCCGCGGCCGGUCGUCGCGGGGGCGCUCGCGUCUCUUGCCAAGUUCGUAGCGCAUGACUUGCUCGCGCCUGCACACUGCGAAGACGCCGCGCUGCUCGCCAAUCAAGUCGUCCAGGCAGUCUUGGCUUGCGCGCACCAGCAGCUGCACCAGCUGGCGACCCUCGCCCUCUCUCCGCGGGCCUCGUUCUCGGUGUUUCCGCCUCUCGCCCAAGCGUCCACUCUCGCGAACGCAGGCGUCGAGGAGGAGGUCGUCCUGCACCGCGCCGUCAGUCUCCUUCUCGCGGUCGUGGAGUCGUCAGCGGGACCGCUGGUGGCGGACGAGGGCCUCUGGGAAGCUCUGAAGCUUUGCUACUUCGUCGUGCGACAACCAAAGAUCUCGGGCGUCUUGCGCAGCCACACAGAGGCCGUCCUCAGCGAACUGCUGCUCGUCAUCUUCGCUCCAAAGCGACAUGCCUUCUCCGCAGACCGAGAGCGAGACUGCUCCAUGGGAGAGGUCGAGGAGGCGGCGUUUGUGAGGGGAGAAGAAGCCGGAGACGGUCGGGUGGAAGACCGGGGUGCGAGGGAGACUCCGAGUGGCGUUCGGCGAGGAGGCGUUUCAGAGAAGAAAUCGGAUCGCCACGCAUUGGCCAAAAGCCUCCAGCCGGCGACCGUCUCCUACCGGCCUCAUGGUCUCGGGGGGCUGUACAUGGCGCUGCGAUUCAUCGCCUUUCUGAUCGCUCAUGGCCUCCCAUUUUCGUCCUCUUCCUCUCGCGCCCCGCCGUCGCUCCGCGCCGUCCCCCUCGGAGGCGAAGAGACUCUCAAAGCGCCGGCCUCGUCUGGGGCCGCCGGCGCCGCGCCGGAGUCUUCGAGCGCGUCGGGAUCCGUCCUCGUUUCGGAGGCCAGCGCCUCCUCCGAGGCGUCUCCGCCGACUCUGCAGAGUGCGUCGGCGGCGUUCUACGCGAGCGAAGAAGACCUGUCUUCCUCCGCUGUGUCUCCUCGAGACGUCUCCUCGCGGCGCAUGCGAAGCGCGGACGCAGGUGCGUCGAUUCGCAAAAUGGAGCUCGACUUGCUGGCGCUUUAUGACGACUUUUGUCAGAAGGGGAAGGGUGACGAAGACUUCCACCUCGAGAUGCGCGCGCUCGGCUUGACUCUGUUGAAUGGAGUGCUCGAAGCGGCAGGUCCCGCCAUCGCCUGCGCGCCGUCUUUGCAGCAGGUGAUGCGCGAGGAGGUCGCAUGGGCGAUGCUGGGCGCGGCGGCGGGAUCGGUGUUCGCGUCGGGACGCGACGCGUCGCUCUUGGUGGCCUCCGAGCUGCUCCGCGCAGUGUGGAACCUCCGUACCUUCUGUUUCCUGCGUCCAGUCACUGAGGCGAUGCUCUUGCAGACGGCGCUGCUUCGCGUCCUCGCCUCGCCCCUGCAUCUGCUGCUCUUCGAGCCUCCCGCACAUGCACUCGGACCUCCCGGGACGUCUUCAGCUGGCGUUCAGACCCAAUACCAGAGUCUGUGUCAGCUCCUGCAGCAGCAGGUUGCGAGCCACGACCUCCGCUUCCUGACCUUGGACGCCCUCGUCGAACUCUGCGCGUUGCCGGACUUCCUGCCGCUGCUCUUCAUCCGCUUCGACUGCGACGUCCGAGCGCCUCACGACCUCUGCGCUCAGGUCGUCGCGCUCCUCGUCUUUCUGCUUCUCUCUCCCGCGGCGCCUCCCCUUCCCUCCCUCGCGCGCCUGCAGCAGUACCUUCAGACGGUCGGAAGGCCCCGCGACGACGGCCUGCUCGCUGCUGGCGACGAAGGCCUCGCGGCUCUGCAUGCCGCGAACUCUCGGCUCUUGCCCCCCUUUCGCGGCGUCUACCGGACACCGGCCUUCGUCACGCUCGCUCAAGACGCAGCGGCGCAGUGCUCGCCGCUCUGCGUCGCGCCAGAGGCUCGAGUGCGGCUCCGCGCGGUGCAGAAAGAGCGUCCUGAGGAGGCCGCCGCGACCUGCGAGAAGAAGAAAGGCGAGAGGGAUGUGGACCCUUUCUUCGGGACUCGGAGGAACUACUCCGCCCUCGCGGUCGAGAUGCGGAGACGCCUCGCCGCUGCCGAGACAGAGGCCGAACGCGGGGGUCUGCUCUUCGACUUUGGGAGACCGCACGCGGCCACAGAGCUGAAUCGCCUGGCUCUCCGCGGCAUUCUCGAAGUCCUUGCCCUCGCCGUCGCCAGGCUCGAGCAGCGGAGACGCGCCGCAGCCCAGAACCGAGAAAACAACAGAGAGAAGAACCGAGAAAAGAAGGUCGGGAAGUCCAUGCAGAGGAAGGCGUCUGGGGAAGAAGGCCGAGACGGCAGUGCAGACGAACGCAGCGGCGAGACUGCAGAAACAGAGGAAGUGGAGGAUAUCGAAGAGGUGGAGGAAAGAGAAGAACUGGAGGAAAGAGAAGAGAGCGAACAAGACAGGAGGAGUGCGGCGGCGGAGUCCGUUGCUCAAACCAUCAUCGCUGGCGGAAAAGCCUCCGCUGCGACCGCCUUCGCCAUCGUCCAGCCUUUCAGCCGUCUCUGUGAGAGACGCGAAAGAAAGAGACGUCUUGAGGCCGCCGCCGCUAUUUUCAACGCAAAUCCCAAGCACUUCAUUCCGCACUUGGAGGAGUUGGAGCUCUUGCCCUCCCCGGCGACGCCCCGCGCCGUCGCGGCUUUUCUGCGAGACACGCGCGGCCUCGACUUGGUGAAAGUUGGAGAGUACCUCGCACAAAACAAAGAAUGGAAUAAACAGGUCUUGGUCGAGUUCCUGGCGACUUUCGCUUUUGCCUCUGUUUCUCUUGUUGAGGCCUUGCGGACGCUCCUCGCUUCUUUUCGCCUUCCGGGAGAGUCCCAGCAGAUCGAACGCAUCAUGGAGGCCUUUGCGGGAGAGUAUUUUCACCAGCAGCCGUUUGUCACGCGGCCCGAGCUUCCCGGACAACUCGCAGAAAUGGAGCUCUUCGCCGCGUCCGCGCAAAAAGAGAAAGAAGGCGAGAGACAGAAAGACAAGAGAAAAGAGACAGAAGACCCGCGGUUCGGAAUUCCACGCUGGGUUGUGAGUGAAGCAGCUUUCUGGAGGCUCGCAGAAGAGGAAGAGAGUGACGGGAGUGGACUCGGCGACGACGAAGAUAAACUGGUGGAGGCGCUGGAAUUGCCAAGGAGACGCUCCUCCGUCGAUUUUGACUUCCCAAACGAGGAUGGACUCGUGAAGUCCCAAGACACAAUUCGUCAACACCUCACAAAGAAACUCAAACAAUUCACCCCGGAUAACCCGCCGCGGGGUUACGUGACGUUUGAGCACCGGGAUACGGUGUUUGUGUUGUCUUACUCGAUUGUGAUGCUGAACACCGAUUUGCACAACUCGCAAGUGAAGGUGAAGAUGAAUGUGGAGCAGUUUCUUCGCAACAACCGAGGCAUCAAUCAGGGAAGGAGUCUGCCGGUGUUCUUCCUGACGGAGAUUUACUUGUCGAUUCGCGACGACGAAAUUCGGAUGAGGAACGCAGCGUCGCCACACACUCGCGGCGCGGUGUCUGGACAGAGCGACGGCGUCGCCUUCUCAGGUGGGCGAGAAGAGUCCCUCCAGGCCAAGUUCGCAGUCUCUCGCAGUUCACGGCGGAAGCCUGGUGCUUGCCCCUCUGCAGCGCGCAGAGGUCGAGACAAAAGCUCUCACGCUUCUUCUCUCUUCCACUUCCUCCAUAAACGCGAGAAGCGAGAGCGACGAAGAAGCUCAGCCUCUUCAGAGCUCCUCUCGGCGCGGUCUUCGCUCUCCUGCGCAAAGAGCCAGUCCACAGGCGUUCCCUCCAGUGCCGGCGAAACCAAGUCCAGUCACUCAGACAAAUCGAGGCCUGCGGAGACCAGACGCGGCGGAGAGAGAGGUAUCUGUUCGGCUGCUUGUGCAGAAGGGAACGCCGUUGGAGAUCUGGUGUUUGAGAAGCAGCGUGCGACUCAAACGUCUCUGUGGUCUCCUUCGUCUUGGGGAAGUGGAGACGGCGAAGAGGCGCCGCGGAUCGUGUUGGAGGCCGAGCUGGAUGCGUUGUUCUUCUUCACUUUCUGGGAGCAAGGCGUCUUCGACGCGCUCCGAGGCGUCCUCGAGUCCUCCACGGACAUCUCCCUCGUGGAGGCUGCCCUGUCUGGCGUUCUCCUUCUCGCGAAACUGGCAAUCGCUCUCGGCUUCUCUCAGGCGCUGAACGUGAUCGUCGUCGAACUCUGCGCCUACGUCGACCUCUCCAUGGGGUUGCUCUCGCAGGCUGUGCUUCCCGUCCUCUUUGAGAUUCUGAGGCCUCCGCAGCUGCAGACAAGGCAAGCAGCUGGUGCUCAGCGCGCGCGCGAGCGAGAAACCGACGCAUCCUGCGCAAGCCAAGAGAGAGAGCAAGCCUGUGCAGAUGGCGAAGGCCUCCCAGGUACUGGCCUGGGCGGCUGCGCGCUGCUCCGCGAAGAGGGCUGGGCCGCGUUUCUGGAAGUGCUUCUGAAGUUCUUUUCUCUUGGGUUGUUGCCGCCGUCGCUGGCGAAUCUUCAGGACUUCUGCGACGCACAGGGGCACCCUCUGCCGAGACUCUGCGCACUGUCGCCCCCCGCCUUCGCGGCGCCAGCGCAUGCCCGGAAAAAAGGCGGACGCCGCGGCUGGCUCGGAGACCUCACGAACCUUCUCUUCGCCUUCGCCGACACCGACGAAGACAGCGAAGGCGAAAACGGCGAAGAGGAGCCCGGCCGCGCGAGUUUAACUGCGGCGCAGCAGCAACAGAUCGUCGCCAGUGUCUUGGGCGAGGAUGGAGCCUCCACCUGUUUCUCGCCCUCUCUGUUUGACAAGCUGUGUCUUCUCCGCUGUGGCACAACCUUCUCCUUUCUCCCCACGACGCUGCCUCCGCCGCUGAGUGUCGAGCGCUCCAGUCUCUCUUCGGAGCUUCCACAGUCCGAGAGUUCAGGUCCUCACAAGUUUCCUCAACCUCUCGGCCUCGUCGCCGCCAGUCAGGGACGCAGUGUCGAGGAGGCGGAGGGGAGAGACGGUGGAGAGAAACAACGUCGCGCGCAGCGAGAAGCGAGCGAGAGGGAAGAACGGGAGAGACAGCUGGCGCUGGUCGCCCCCUUCUUCAGAUUCAAAGCUGUCUUGGAGCGAUGCUUCAAAUUCGACCAACUACUUUCACAAAUCUUCACUUCGCUUCCUCCGGCGGCGGCGCUGCCUCUCGCAAGCGUCCUCGUGCUGCACACUCUGCCUCUUUCAUCUUUUCCCCCGUCCGCUCCCUCUCUCUCCGACUCUCCUCCUGCGUCAGGAGAUCCUGCGCGCGCGUCUUCUUCUCUCGCUGCUGUGGCGGCUGGCGAUUCUUCUUUCCUCGAGUCGCCGAACGCGUACUUUCCCUAUCCGCGACUCUCGGCUUUUCCGCCGUCCAUCCCGCUCGCGGCGCUCGACCGCGGCGUCCCUGGGCUUCUCGUCCCUUCCCUGGGCGGACUCAGCAGUCCUCGCGCGGCGGUCUCUGCGAGUGCGGUCGGCGCCUCGCCGUCGGGAGACGCGGCAGAGCCUGUCGCGCCGCGCCUCGCAACUUUGCGCGAACUGUGGGCCGCCGCGCCGAGAGCCGCGGGUCCUCGAGGCCCCGAGGAGACCCUCCGAGAGACAGACGCGGGGGCGCUGUGUGGGGCGAGCAUGGCCGAGGACGUGCGACGCUUCCGAACCGUCGGAGACCGCGCGUUUGCGCUCGAAAUCUUUGGAUUCCUCGUCGCAGAUCAAGGCCUCCUGCUGGUCGACCCCUGCGCGCGAGACUCGCGGGCAGAAGGGGAGGCCGAGCGCGAAGAACAGGAGACCGAGAGAGACGCGCAGAGAGAGAAGGAAAGAGAGGACAAGAGUGGACAGGGGACUGGAGAGGAAAACGGAGAGGACAGCUUUGCUGGGGAAGAGGUGGCGGACAGUGAAGAGGCUUCCAAAACAGAGUUCCUGGAGGAACUGUCGACCCAGGAGUUGGUCUGGCUCCUCUGCAACACCCACUUGAACGUCUUGCUUCGCCGCUAUGUGAUCGCAGCGGCCGCAGAGACCGUGCAGCCGCCGCUUGUCGCCAUUGAGGACGCCGUCCGUCUCCGGCGAGCGAAGAGAGAGACGAGAGAGAACAGAGAGGCCCCGGAAGCAAGACAGCGACUGGAAAGAGAACAAGGCGCACUCGUGAGACAGAUGCUCGCUUCCUGGGGCAGGCAGCUCUCCGUAGAAACGCCCGCGUGUCUCGACAGAGAGGAACUGCUUUUCAUCGAGCGGCUGAUGGUCGCGGCGCUGCGUCUGGUGGCAGAGUUCCUUCCCAUCGGCGCCUGUCUCGGUGACCGUCCGAAGUGUACAGACACCCUGGAGGCGUGGAUCGAGCCGUCCGUCCUCCACCUUCUCGCCCUCAUCGUGCACCUCCACCCCAACGUCUACAUGCUUCAGACGGAGAGAAUCAGUGCCGCGCUUCAGCUGUUGACGUCGCCGGAGUGUCUCGCCUCGCUUCGGUCGCCGCUCGCGGUGGAUGUCUUCCUUGGAAUUCUCCAACGCACAAUCCCUCUCCCGCCCUUCUUGCCGCCCUCAGCGCUCCCCGCCUCGCUGCUCCGUCAGCAGCCGCAGCAACUCGCCGCAGGCGCCGCAGACUUCCUCGCUCUCUGGCUCGAAUCCCCAGGGGCGCUCCUCGAGGCUGCCCGGCCGGGCCACUUCCAGGGCUGCGUCCAGACGCUGCUCGCGCUGAGUGUACAUACACCCCAGCUGGCCCUCCUGAAGCCGGGCGCGGGGCUCGCGGGGCCGCGGGAGCUGGAGGGGCGCGAGUGCGGCGGGGCCUCUACGCCCCACGCGGGCCUCCGCUGGGGCUUUCGGCGCCUCGCGGGCCCCCAUCGGAGACCCGCGGGGGGGGCAGAGGCCCCAAGUGGGGACCUGGGCUCGGCCUUCGUCGCGAAUCUGCAGGCGCUGAAGAUGCUCAGCGACCUCCCGGGUGCAGUCGCAGCCGCAGAGAGGCGCGAGGCCGAACGAGGCUGCGCGCGGGCUUGGCUCGACGCGGAAGAAACCGCCGUGAUGUGGGUGAAGGUGCUCCAGGCGCUCGCGAUUUGCUGCGCCUUUGGACCGAAACCCGUGCGGGUGAAAGCUCUCGGGCUCCUGCAGCAGCACCUGGUCCGCGCAUCGUCGCCUCUGCCGGCGUCUGUUGAGCCUGAAGACUCGUCGACUUCCGAAGAUGCUGCUGGCGGACCUUCACUUCUGCAGACCGUGAUGACGAGCCCUGCAGUAUGGCGCCUUGUCCUCCAGGAAGCUCUCUUCCCGCUCCUGACCUACGGCUUCCAGUACCCGUACGAAGCUCCGGCGCGAGGGGCCAAAGAGAGCCGCGGCGCGGAGACAGCGACGAGACGCCUGCCAAAGACAGCGAGGCACCCGCGGGAGGCAGGACCUUCGGACCAGAGCGAGGGCGAAAGUGGUGAGACAGAGGAGGCGAAAGCCGUCGCGGAAAGUCCGUACACCUUCCCGGCGGAAAGCCGAGCGACGCGGCCGCAUGCGUGGAUGGCGGUGCCUCUCGGCAGACGAUACACACUCGAGGCAGCAAUUGCCGCUCUCGGGGCCGAGGAAAUUCUGCAGCGACGGGCGGCUUCGGCGAGUCUUGUGUGUCGCCUUUUUCUCUCUCACCUGGAUUUUCUUCUUCAACCACUCAACCCUGUCUCGCGUUCCUCGAACGAGCGCGACGAAGAUCGAGAGGGUGAAGAAAGUGCGCUGCCCCUCCUCGGUCUUGUCGGAGAUCAAAUACUUAGCCACUUUGGAGGCAAUUUCGAGGCCGCGCAUGCAGCGGCGACCUCUGGAGGCCUGCGUCUGCUGCUGCCCCCCCUCGUCCAGUUCCUCGAGCUCCUCGUUGCACAAGCCAGCGCUGCGCCACUAGUGUUCUGUGACGCUUUUUUGGAAAAUUUGAAGAACACACUUUUGGUGGUGCUGACCUCGCCCGCAGUGGCCAGGGCCUCGACGGAGGGGACAGUGGAGCUGCCGCCGCCGACUGCAGCGGACUUUGAUUUUCCUGUGGAGGAGAAAGCAGAGGAGAAAGACGGAGACAGAGAGAAAGACGGAGAAGCGAAGGAACAAGACGAGAAAGCGGACGAAGAGGGUGGAGCGGACGCGCAGGGACGCACGAGAAAACGAGUGGGGGCUCGCAGUCAAGUCGGGUCGCCUGCGUUCUUUGAUGCGGCGCUGCAGCAGUUAUCCAAGAGCCAGCAGCUGCUCAUUGUCAUUGCUCACCAAAUUAUCUCUCCGUCCUUCCCGUAUCUUGUGAAAGACCUCUUGGCAAUUAUCCUGCCGACGAUACUUCCUCGCUCGAGCGUGGCAGCGUCCCCGUCGGCGUCGUUCAGAACCGCAGAGGAACAAACCUCGUUGGGCCAGGCUCUGGGAGACAGCGAACUGCAUGCGCCGGUUCGGCCCGAGGAAACCGGGACGUCGGAGGGAGUGCAAGACGGAGACGCGGUCGGAGAGGACUCCAGAAGCACGGAGAGAGAAGAAGACACGAGAAGAUAUCCACAGGAUCGACCGCCAACGCCGCCACCGCCCCCGCCUCCGCCCCGGCCCCCUUCCUUAGGGACUCCCCCAGAUCUCGGAGUGAAGCCCCGGGAGAGUGUGGGCGGAGCGACGCCAGGAGACCAAACAGAGAGUCCUAAAAAAGGGAUAGACGAGGAAAAAAGGUAUGAAGAGCGCGAUGUUGGGGAGGGGAGCUUGUGCACCAUCGAGGCGGGACAGACUGCUGACGGCGAGGAAGGGGCAGAGAAAAAAGAGUUGCACAGAGGCCGUGCACAAGAUGCCGAGGGGACACUGCCACCUGAGGUUCCACAAAAGGAGGAAGGAGAGGGAAGAGGAACAGAGACACGGAACGAAGUUGAUGUAAAUAGUCAACAUAGACCAGGGGAAGAAAACAAAGAGUCGAAACAACAUCCGCGGCCGCGAAGCUGGCGGGAGACGUUCUUCGGGGCAGGCGCUGCAGCUGCAGCAGCCGCCUUGGGAAGGGAAGUCUCUUGGACGGACCAAGCUCCGGAUGGCAGGGGACAGAAUUCUUAGAUUCAGGAACACGAGGACGAAAAAGUUGGAAGCAGUUGUGAACGUCUUCGAGAAGCUGUCAGGCGGCAGACAUAAAUGAGGAAGCGGAUGGCUGCGGUGUAACUCAACGAAAGGGGGAAGGGACGUCGCAGCGGAAGGAAAAGGAGGGUUACUUUCUCGUUUGUUACCGGGGGGACAGCGUUCAAGAACUGGAAUCUGCAGUCACUUCUGACGCAGAACAACGUCAGUGUGCUGCCGCGCUUCGGGGAUAGUUGCCUGUGUCGAAGUUGGGGGUUGCCGGAAAGAGAAUGUAGGACGUGUCAGCUUGGGGAACAUUAAGUCACCAUAGUAAAAGGAUCAGUUUUUCACCAGUACAGGAUGAUAGGACCCACUGCAAACACCAGACGGCAAGAAUGUUGCGUUGACGAAGGGUCGCCUGAUGGCAGUGUACUAGGCUGUGCUGAUUUGGAGCCACAUGUUUGCGGCCUGACACGCGACAAUGCGGAAUGCUCUGCAUCUUACCUCAUGCCAAUCCUGGCUUGUGCAUUCUGUGUGGUUAUCUGUGGUCUAGUUCUGUUUUUUUCCCUCAGUGCGACUUAUGAAAACCAGUUACCCUUUCGAACUUGUGCUCUGGAACGCAUCCAGAGCUCUCAAACUUUUCGUGACGUCUAAUUCUGCCGGUUGUUG